GCAUCUUUGUUACUCAUUUAGAAAAUUCUGGCCAAGAUUUUCAAAAACAGAGUAUAGAGCCUAAGUUUAGGCCUUUGUUUUUGAAAAUCUUGGCCUCUAUGUUCGCUGUGUUUACACUGUAAAUUUACUGUGCCUGCAGCAGAAAGUUCUCUAUUAUCAUAUCCUGUUCACAUUACUCACAUGCAUAGUCCACUUUAGACUAUUUUGCCGAUUGGUCCAGUUAUUGGUUGAUACAGUACUUGAAGUGAGUUCAGGAAUAGUGCUUGAGCGAGUAAAGCAAACAAGAUUUAGCCAUGCAUAUAUACUUAUUUAAAUCAAUUUGAAUAAGCUAUGCUUAUUACUAGCUGCAAAUAACUGAGUCUGAGGAUCUGUACACGUUUAUAGAAGAGACAUCUUCAUUCACUGUAUGCAGUUAACAUGCUAUACCUUCAGUCAUGGCUGAAAUAAUUUCUCACUAGGACAGUGAGGUAGCUUGUGUAUUAGGAAAGCUAUCCAGAAUGGAGCAUUGUUAAACUACAUGCUUAACUGUAUAUUUCUGAGGAGAAAAAAAGAGAAAAUUGGAUCAUUUUAAUGGGUCAACAAUGCAGAAACCAAAUGUAAGGUUAUUAUAAUUAGCUUCCUUAUAUGUUACAAUCCCCCUAUCUUUAUAUCUAUUUUCAUCAGAAGGAAUGUUUUGUUAGCAUAUUCCCCUGACUCGUAGUUUAUAUUUUCUUUUAUUGAUAUUUAUUGCAUCAGAUAAAUGUGUUUUAAAUUGCCCCCACAUUUGAUAUCAAAAGCAUUUUCACAGUCCUUCUUUAUUCCAUUUGCUUGAACUGUAUGAUCUGAAGCUGUGCGAGUUUGUUUGUGUGACUCAUUGCUGUAGAUGCUCUACCUGGCAUAGCUGUGUGGGACCCUUGAGCUUCAUUUUCUAAAUUCAUAGGGCCAAAUUCUGCUUUCAUAUACACACUUGUGGCUCUUAUUCAAGGGCAGCAUUUGGUCCUUUGUGUCCAUUUUUCAGUGCUCUUUACUUGGAGAGUCUCCUGCUAGGGCAUAGGAAUGAUUUGGGAAUUUAGUUAGCUUACUGGUUAGUGUUUAUAUUUUUAUGGAGAGAGGUUUUAAAUGUGGAGGUUAAAAAAGCUUAUAUGUACGGAAGUGCAGACUCCUGCCUGCUUCUCUCUCUUUCUCUCUCUCUCCACUGUUGCCUCAUACAAAAUGACUGCCCUUGUACCACUACACCGUACAACAGCUUGGGAAGCCAAGACAUUUGACCUUCUGAAUGUCCCUGUCACCUGCUCUACAUAUCAGUCAGCACUGUGAGCUCUAAAAGCCUGAGCUAGAGCCUACUGAAGUCAGUGGAAAGGUUCCUAUUGACUUCAGUGCAUUUUGGAUUACGCCCUAAGAAACGAGCACCUAGCAUCUUCCCCCUUCUGGAGUCCAGUUUGAACCUCAUUUCCUGUUUGGACAUCGUGGCGAGCUCAGCAGCACUGGCAACGAUGCAGAGUUCUCCAGCAGAGGUGACCAUGCAAUCUCAGAAUAGAAAGAGGGCCCCAGCAUGGAUUGAUCGGGAAGUCUUGGAUCUGAUUGAUGUGUGGGGCGAUGAGUCCGUGCUUUCGGAGCUGCGAUCGAAAAGACGGAAUGCAAAGAUCUACGAGAAGAUCUCAAAAGCCAUGACAGAGAGAGGGUACUGCUGGGAUGCAACACAGUGCCGCGUGAAAAUCAAGGAGCUGAGACGAGCGUACCAGAAGACCAAAGAGUCAAACGGACGUUCUGGAUCCCAGCCCCAGACAUGCCGUUUCUACGAGGCACUGCAUUCCAUUCUAGGUGCGGCCGCCACCACUACCCCACCACUGACCGUGGACUUUGAGGAUUGGAUAUUGUCGACGGCCGCUUCCUCGGAGAUGUUAGCGGACGGGGAAGAUGAGGAAGGUGAGGAGGAGGACGAGGCAGUCGACAGCGCUUACAACGCUGAUUUCCCAGACAGCCAGGAUCUCUUUAUCACCCUCACAGAGAUCCCCUACCAGCCGUCACCAGGCGUUAACCCAGACCCUGAAUCAGGGGAAGGAUCAGUCGCUGCGACUGUCUCCCGACCUACCCUGGCAUCCCCCUCGCAGAGGCUGGCGCAGAUUAGGCGGAGAAAGAAAAGGACACGGGACGACAUGUUCUCAGAACUUAUGGGCUGCUCCCAAGCCGAUGCGGCCCAGCAGACCCAGUGGAGGGAGAACAUGUCGCAAUACCAGCGAUCACACAGCGAACGGGAGGAGAGGUGGCGGCAGGAAGACCAGCAGGCGACUCAAACGCUGCUUGGACUAAUGAAGGAGCAAACGGACACGCUCCGGCACCUUGUGGAUGUUCUGCAGGACCGGAGGCAGGAGGACAGAGCCCCGCUGCAUUCUAUCUCUAACUGCCCUCCCCCGCCACAAACUCCCAUACCCUCCUCACCCAAAGUCCCAAGAAGGAGGGGCGGCAGGGGCCGUGAAAACUGUCACUCCACCCCUGCAGACUGCUCAAGUACCAGAAGGCUCUCAUUCCCAAAGAUUUGAUAAGUCCUUUCCUUCCCGCCUCACCCAAGCCCCCGUCCCAGUUUCAUCCCCUAACUGUGUAGUUGCUAAUAAAAGAUACGUUUCUGUUAA